AUGGUGCGGGGUAUAGUUCUGUGUUGGCUGGUCGGCGGUCUUCUCUUUGGCCAAAUUUGGGGCAUUUCUAUGCCGUACCAAUCGGAAGGCCACCCGUUGACACUGGUCUCGGAGCUGACUUCCCGCCUAGGAUCGCACCCUGCGCGCCUGCAGGACGCUCGGCUAUCGCUCCCGACUCCCCAAGAUCUGGAAGCUAUCAAGAAAGUCGCCCAGAUACUCAUUAUGUUAGGGCAGCAGGUAAUACCAGCGAUCAUCGGUGAACCACAAACCUCUCCCGUGCCAGGGGAACCAAUCCCUGCUGGUGAAAACAUUACGAGCGAUCCAGUGACUCUUGACAAACAGACUUCUUCUUAA